AUGUCACGAUCAUUAUCUAUAUCGAAUGCAGACUUGUCUUCUCAGAAUGCAAAGAACAAGUCGAGUGGUGGAGUGAGAAGUGCUCUGGUUAGCUCAAGCUAUUUUGAUAACACAAGAGAAGGAAGUAAUGAGGUUAGCGGUUCCAAUGCGGAUGCUGAAUUGGGUACAAGUAUCGAUAUCGUUGGAGCCAUUAACAAUUUAAAGUUAGAUGAAGAAGAUGAGCAGGAAGCGGAGGAACUGGAAAAGAAAAAUACGAGCUCGAGUCAGAAUGAAGAUAAAAACCAAAAGGAUUCAAUCGUUGAUGCCAGCCACAAUUACGCCCCAGAAGCAACCAAUUUUGGUUUUCCCAUGUACCCACCCCACCCUCAAAGUCCAUACUACUUUGCACCCUAUCAAGGCUCGGAUACUUCUCAACAGCAGUUGAAAACAGACAAUGGUAUCGCACCACCAGCCAAUUAUGCUUCUGGAUGGAAUGGUCAUCCUGGUGGUGGACUUGAUAGCCAAUUCGGAGCAAUUAGUCAUCAAGGAUACGUUCCAGUUUCUGAACCACCCUUGGGUCAAAACCGUGACGGAACUAAUGUCCCAUUUAUAAAGCCACUUGAAUUUUCCGAAUCAAAAGACGAUGCACAAAGUAAACAACUGAAUGGAUUGAGUUUGUCUCAGGAUGGAGAAUCAAGCACAAUUGUCACCAGUGAUGAACAAGAUUCAAAUAAGGAUACGUUGAAGAAUAAAAAUGAUGAUGAUUCGAGAAAGCAAUUGGACCAUAAGACACCAACUGGUGGUGGAAUGACGCCGCAGCAUGUGAAUUUACCGCCAACUCCACCUUUCAAUCCAUUUUCUCCCAUGUCAAUGAAUCAUCCUAUAGGACCUGGUGUACCUCCCGGGGUUCCAUCCCCAAUGAUGCCAUACAAUUAUCCGCCACCGUUUCCACCUCACCAUCAACAACCUAACAGUCGGAACUUUCAAACUUUUGAUGCGAAGGCGAAUGUACAAGGACCGUUACCUCCUGCACUGGCACCUCACAUUAACGCCGGGCCAAGUCCACCAAAUUUGGCUCAAUACAGCGGCACAGUGUGGAAUUCACAACCGUCAGAGAGUAUUACCAGAGGCGGGGUGCAACAACCAGUACCCCCUCAUAUUGGUAACCCACCGUAUCCUUUAAAUCAUCAUCAACACCAACAACAGGCACCACUGAUGCCACACCAUCCUCUCCACCAACAGCACCAGCACCAGCACCAGCAUCAGCAAUACCAACAACAUAUGCAUCAUCCGUUGCAGUUUCAAGGUGGUGGGAAUGGUGGUGCUCCAUUUAUGCAACACAAUCACUACAAUCGAGGUCACUCCAACAAUCGUAGGAAUAACAAACAUGUACAUCACUAUCAAAAUUACGGUCAUAAUUAUGGCAUGACACACUUUAGUGGUGGUAAUAACGGAGGGGCGCCAUAUCGUCAACGCAAAGGAGAGGAUGCCAACAAGUAUCAAAACGCCAAGAUCCAAGACUAUCGCGGUCACAUAUUGGAUUUGUGUAGUGAUCAGCAUGGAUGUCGGUUUUUGCAACGCGAAUUGGCAAAAGAGCAAGAUUGUUUGUUAAAGCGGGACGAUAACAAGUCUGAUGGUUCAAAGGGGGAUGGAGAGAUUAAGGAUGAAUCAGUUUCUACCAUGAUCUUUAAUGAAUUGCAUGAUGAAGUUGUCAAUCUUAUGCUUGAUCCAUUUGGUAAUUAUUUGAUCCAAAAGUUGGUUGAAUGUGUUUCCAAUGAGCAAAGGUUGGAGUUGAUUAAAUACUCAAGUUCUCAGUUUAACCGUAUAGCUUUGGAUUCACAUGGUACUAGAGCAUUGCAGAAAUUGAUUGAAUGUGUUGGUGCACUGCAUGACAAUCAAGAAGAAGUUGUUGACGAGAAUGACAGUGCUAGUUUAAUUAUCAAAAGUUUGGAACCUAGUAUAGUUUUAUUAUCACGAGACUUGAAUGGUAAUCACGUUGUGCAAAAAUGUCUCAUUAAUUUGUCAAAUAAAGUGAAUCAAGUGAUUUAUGAUACAAUAACGUCCAAUUGUGAAGUGGUUGCAUGUCAUCGUCAUGGAUGUUGUGUAAUACAACGAUGCUUGGAUUAUGGCAACGACCGACAAGUUGAAACUUUAAGCCAUGAGGUUACUACAAAGUUGGGUGUUUUCACGACCGAUCCAUAUGGAAACUAUGUUGUACAAUAUGUUCUCAGUCAUGGUGACUCACAAAGUAUUGAUACGAUAUUUGCAUAUUUACGUGAUCAUUUCUAUCAGUUAUCAAUCCAUAAAUUCGGAUCCAAUGUUUUGGAAAAAUCAUUACGAUUAGAACAAAAGGGGAAGAAGGAAAAUGAGGAAGAGAAUAACUCUUCUACAAGGAGUGCUAGUCUUAUUGAUGAGUUGUUGAAAUUGUCCCUGGAUCAGUUUUCAACAGUAUUGAAUGAUUCAUUUGGUAAUUAUGUAUUACAAACGUGUUUGGACGUGGCUCAAUUGGAUCAAAUGACUAAAUUGCGUGAGAUGUUGGUUCCGUUGUUGCCUGAGAUUAAACUGACACCACACGGAAGGCGGAUUGCAAAUAAGUUACAAUAG